AUGAGUAACUUUCGAUUCGAGAAUGGCCCAUCAGCCGCAGACUUUUCCGUCUCAAAACACGCCUACCUAGCCGCUCACCCAGAAGCCCAGUUUGGCUACAUCGCAACAAGUGCUCUCGUGCUAGACACGAGCAUCGCGUCUGAACCGCGCAUCCUCCUACUUCAGCGCGCGGCAAGCGACGACGAUCCCAACAAAUGGGAACCUCCUGGUGGUGCAUGCGAUGAUGAAGAUGAGAGUGUUCUGAGCGCUGCUGCGCGUGAGCUCAGGGAAGAGGCUGGACUGGAGGCGAAGUGGGUUGGGGGCCCUGUUGGUGAACCGCAUUUCUUUACCCUUGACGACGGGAAGAGAGUUUGUCAGUUCAAUUUUCUCGUCAAGGUGGAUCUGGGCUCGCAAGAUGUCAAGUUAUCUCCGGAUGAGCAUCAGCGAUUUGUUUGGGCGUCGGAAAGUGAGGUUAGGGAGAGGAAGGCUGGUGAUGUUGAGCUUGAGUUCACGAGAGACGAGGUUCAACAAACAGUACUUGCAGCAUUCCAGUACGCAAAGGAUAUGAAAUAA